UUUGUUUCUUUACAGGUAGAUGGCUAGGAUUUAAAGCAAAGGAUUUUAUUUGUUUCCUUUUAUGUAGAAGAAAAAAAUAAAAUCUAUAGAAAUAAAAACUUACCGUAUGUACAUAAAGAUCAAUCUGCUAUUUAAAUUACAAUUAUUUUGAAAUUGCUGGUAGAGGCAAAGUUAAUACCACAUUUUUAUAUUUAUUGAAAUAUUCAUUUAUAUUAAUAAAAUAUGAAUGGGGAAAAGGGUGCAAUUGAAUUAGGAGAUAAAAAGUCAUAUGCUGGAAUACCAGAAGCUGAAUUUGUUGAUGAUGUUGACUCUUACAUGAAACGCCCAGAGAACAACAGUGCUGUUGAUGAAGUCUUGAAGAAACUAGAUGCUCAACAUGCAAAAUAUAAAUUCAUGGAGUACAAUCUACUGUCGAAGAAAAAGAGGCUACAAAAUCAAGUUCCAGAGUUAAAACGUUCACUUACUAUGAUCGAAAAAUUAGAAAAUCAAAAAGAAGAAUUUGAAACUCAAUUUCUUUUAAGCGAUCAAGCAUUUGCAAAAGCUAAAGUACCUCCUACAGAUACUGUAUGUUUAUGGCUUGGAGCUAAUGUUAUGUUAGAAUAUAGCUUAGAAGAUGCAAAGAAACUUUUAACACAAAAUAUUUCUGCUGCUGAAAAAAAUUUAGGAUAUGUUGAUCAUGAUUUAGAUUUUUUAAGGGACCAAUUUACUACUACUGAGGUCAAUAUGGCUAGAGUAUUUAACUGGGAUGUAAAAAGACGUCAAGCUGCAAAUGCAGCAGCAAAAUAAAUUUAAAUAAGCAUUGCUUUAAAGUUUCUCAUUUUUGUUAAAAGUAUGUUUCUUAGUAUUUGGUAAGCUUCUUUUACAGAAUAAAUUAUAGCUAAAGUAACAUUUUCUUAAUAUAUUAGGUAUAAAAAUAAAAAAGAUUGUACACUACCUAUUAUAUAUUUAUAAACUACAUAAGAACUAACAAAUAAAAGGAAUAAUUCCAUAAGAAUAUUUUGAUAUUUUUGGAGAAACAAUAAUACAUUUAAUCUUACUUUAUUAAGGCAAGUUUAAAGUACAUUUUUUUUAGUAUACAGAUUUCAAUUAAUAAAUGUGCUAAAUAACAUUAACUAAAAUUAUUUGAUCACAUUAUAUAAAAAUAAAUAAUGAAAACUCUUGAAA